UGGUGGCGGUGGGGGUGGGGGUAGGGUAAAACUAGACUGCGACACAACCCGCCGUCAAAACGCCUCUCCGCAACCAUGUCCGGCGGCUUUUCUCCCACCGACGAGCCCUUAUCGCCUACCCCAGAUCUCGAUAUCACCAAUUACUGGAACAGCAGAUAUGCUGAAUGGAAAAUGGAUGAAGCAGCAAAGAAAUGGAUAUGCUGGAUGACUGGAUCAGCAGAGAAAAUGGCUGAUAGGAAUUUAGAUGAGAUUUCUGGGUGUGUGCUAGAUCAGUCAGAUUCACAAGAAUGGCACAGAGUUGAUAUAUUCAGGGUUUCAAAGAGUCAGAUAAAAGAGCGUUCAAGCAAAAAUCAAUGAAGUUCAAGAGUUCAUACUGUCAUUUUUAACUACCAAAAACAUUCCUUCACUUCGAUAACAUGCCAAGAACGUUUGGUGAAAGUGAUGACUAUCAACAUGUCACUAGUCUAGGAGUAUAUAUGGGAAAGUAGUAAUUCUACUUUGUUAAAUCAUACAUGAUUGUCAAUGACAAAUUACAACCAAUUUCAGUUUCAUUUACUAGAUUAUAUGACAAGAUAAAUAUUUCUUGCUUGGAGUCCACUGAUGCUCGCUCAGCCAGUCAAGUUCUUGGCUAAAAAAGAUUCAAAGACACCCCUCAAUGGGAAAAAAGGAAAAGAAAAGAAAAAACAUUUGAAAGACGGUGAUCAAGUGCUUGAAUUUGGAAGCAAUGAUCAAGUGCUUAGGAUAGAAAGCAACCACAAUGAAAACAAUAGUGAUCAAAUGCUCGAGAUUGAAAGCAAUUAUCAUGAGGAUGGAGGAGAUUGUGAUACAACAAUUGAUCAAAAUGGUGUAAAGGGUUAUCAUCCACCAGUUGUGGGGUUGGAGUUUGAGUCAUAUGAUGAUGCUUAUAAUUAUUAUAACUGCUAUGCCAAGGAGCUGGGAUUUGCCAUCAGGGUCAAAUCUUCAUGGACAAAACGUAACAGCAGAGAGAAGCGUGGUGCGGUACUCUGUUGUAAUUGCGAGGGUUUCAAAACUAUAAAAGAGGCAAGCACUCGAAGGAAGGAAACUAGAACUGGUUGUCUAGCAAUGAUAAGGUUGAGGUUGGUGGAAUCCAAUAGGUGGAGAGUCGAUGAAGUUAAGCUUGAACACAACCAUUUAUUCGAUCCUGAAAGGGCUCAAAACUCCAAGUCACACAAGAAGAUGGAUGCUGGAGCCAAAAGAAAGUUGGAGCCAUCUAUUGACGUCGAAGUACGAACAAUCAAGUUGUACAGAACCCCGGUCGUAGAUACUGCAGGUUAUGGUAGCUCGAGUGAAAGAGAAGUCAGUAACCAUGUUGAUGAGUCCAAGCGAUUGAAGCUCAAAAAAGGAGAUGCACAAGUUAUUCACAAUUAUUUUUGUCGUUUGCAGCUAACAAAUCCUAACUUUUUCUAUGUGAUGGACAUCAACGAUGAAGGCCAUUUGAGGCACUUGUUUUGGAUUGAACCUAGGUCUAGGGCUGCAUAUGGGUAUUUUGGUGAUGUCGUUGCACUUGACACGACAUGCAUGUCAAGCAAAUAUGAGGUUCCUCUUGUGUCUUUUGUCGGAGUAAAUCACCAUGGGCAGUCAAUUUUGCUUGGUUGUGGUCUGCUUGCAGAUGAAACCCUAGAAACAUAUGUUUGGUUAUUGAGGACAUGGCUAACAUGCAUGUUGGGACGUCCUCCUCAAACCAUCCUCACAGACCAGUGUAAGGCAUUGCAAACUGCAAUUGCAGAGGUUUUUCCUAGGGCUCACCAUCGGCUUUGUUUGUCACUUGUCAUGCAAAACAUUCUCGAGAAUUUGGGGCAACUACGGGAAUCUGAAGAAUUCCGGACUGUAUUGGGUAGAAUUGUUCACAACUCUGUCAAAGUGGAUGAAUUUGAAAUAGCUUGGGAGGAUAUGAUCCAGCGUUUUGGAAUUAAGGAUCACAAUUGGCUUCAAACUUUAUAUGAAGAUCGAGAGCGAUGGGCUCCAGUUUACUCGAAAGAGACAGUUUUCGCAGGAAUGUUUGCUUCUCAACCAGGUGCGUUGAUGAACCUAUUUUUUGAUGGGUAUGUCCAUAAAGAAACCUCUUUGAAAGAAUUUUUUGACAUGUAUGAAUUGGUUCUGCAAAAAAAGUAUGAAAAGGAAUCUCUAGAUGAUUUUGAGUCAAAAGAGUCCAUCCCCAUGUUAAAAACAGGAUGCCCAUAUGAAUCACAGCUCUCAAAAGUGUAUACAAAAGAAUUGUUCUUAAAGUUCCAAGAGGAAGUGGAUAUGAUGGCUUCUUGUUUAAGCAUAACACAAAUUCAUGCCAAUGGGCCGAUUGUCACGUACAUGGUCAAAGAAAGGGAGGAAGAUGGUAAUCUAAGAGGAAUCAAAAAUUUCGAAGUUAUGUAUGAGAAAGCGGGAUUAGAAGUUCGCUGCAUUUGUAGUUGCUUCAACUUCGAAGGUUAUCUAUGCCGACAUGCAUUGUGUGUUCUUACAUACAAUGGUGUUGAGGAAAUCCCAGUACAGUACAUUCUGCCGCGAUGGAGAAAGGAUAUGGAGCGCUUGUAUGUACUUGAUCUUGGAUCCAAUAGCAUCGAUAUAACUAAUCCGGUUCAGUGGUAUGAUCACUUGUGUAAAAAAGCAGUACAAGUUGUUGAGGAGGGGAUGAGAUCUCAAGAUCAUUACAUGGCAGCUUGGCAAGCAUUCAAGGAAUCUUUGAAUAAGGUUCGUCUAGUGGCAGAUAAGCAUAUGUAACCCUAAAUAAGUUUCAGGUUUAAAAUCUUUGUUCAUAUGCCGUCAAUAUGUUCAUGUAUAGAGCAAUACUUCCUUUGCUGUAUUUUUGUGGAAGUCCUUUUUUUUUUUUUUGAAUAAAUAAUUUAUACUGAUAAUAACAAAUAUUUAAUGCAAAUCUUCUUGUUGGAUGCUUGGCAUUGAAAUUUAUGAAAACAGAGCGACUGCUCAGCCUAAGGCAAUGACAUCAA